UACGCUGGCCUUCAUUGUGUUGUGAUCAAGGGAUACUCCAAAUCUGCUGGCUAUCAACCCGGAUACUCUUUCGAGGAUAAUCGUUUCAGAAAUGCGAAGGAAAGCGAAAGUGAGAACCGUAGCGAUGGUAAUCUGCGUUAUGAAUAUGAUGAUCAUUACUUCAUGACGGAUCCUGAGGAGUUUAUAUACGAGUUCCUCCCUCAUGAUCCAAACUAG